AUUGACUUUUGUACAGUCUUUGUGCACGUAGCAUAUUAUUACAGCUAGCCAGCCGCCCAUUUUUGUUUACGUGCAAUCCAUUCAUUCAUUUUGCAAAGGCUUUGCGUGCGAAAGCCAUUGUUUGAGUGGGGUAGCGUUUGGAAUCGAGGCGUCGGAAUGCAGCCAACUUUUGACGACAAAUACAAUUUUCCCGCAAUAGAUCUUUUACUUCUUUCAUCACUUGGAAGUUCCUGAGAGAUGUAUGAAACAUGAAUUCCAGACGAUUUACAAGUGAUUAUGAUGACACCGAUAGUGCCAGCGAUGGAGAUGAUUAUACCGAUCAGGAUAUGAGCGAUUCUUCAUUUUCAUCAUCGUUCUAUUCACGUAAAGAGAUUAGCAGAGCAAGAUGGACAAAAGAUGAGGACGACUUGCUGAAGCAAGCGAUCGAGGUUCAUGGUACUCUGGACUGGAAGCAGAUAGCGAGUUUCUUCUCAAACCGAUCGGAACUCCAGUGUUUUCAUCGUUGGCAGAAAGUUCUUAACCCCGACCUGGUGAAAGGUCCUUGGACCACAGAGGAGGAUGAGCGAGUAGUUGAUUUGGUUCGUGAGCACGGCCCAAAACGUUGGUCUCUCAUCAGCAAGUUCCUUGUAGGACGAACUGGAAAGCAAUGCAGAGAGAGAUGGCACAAUCAUUUGAAUCCUGACAUCAAGAAAUCGGCGUGGACGAAGGAAGAGGAUUGCAUAAUCUACGAAGCUCAUAAAAAGCUUGGAAACCGAUGGGCAGAGAUUGCCAAGCUGCUACCCGGAAGGACGGACAACGCAAUCAAGAACCAUUGGAAUUCUACGAUGAAGAGAAAAGUUGAGACUUGUAACCCGUACACACCUAGUAAAUCCUCCCACACUCCCCAUUACACCAACACUAAUGAAAAUCAGAAGCCGAGUAGCAGUAGUUCAAAGAUCUACACACCAGACAGUGACUUCAUGAAUGCAAAUUCUAUUAGAGAUGCUCUGAGGAUGCGAGGUCAAGGUCAACGAGUGGUGCGUACCCUCUAUCCUAUGGGUCAUGAGAGCGUGGGUCAAGACGGAGGUGAAAGUUCAAAGGUCACACCAGAUUUUAAUAGUCCUCCGAAGUGGAUGAACAACAGUGGGGAAAUAUCACCCUUCAGAGAUUUUCGGGAGUUGAUUGAGGCCAGCGCCCAUCCGUUUGAUGUGGAUGACAAGGAUAAUAGCAUCACGACCUUUGACCUGUCACUGGGCAUCAAUUCAAGUACUCCCAUAAAGUUCACCCAUAUGAACUCCAAAGGCUGUGUCGACUAUCGUUUUGACGGCCAGGCGCUUCUAGAUCUCUCCAGGGAGACGUCAGGUGGUCUUAUUCCGAUCACGUCACCUGUCACUUCUAAGUUUAGCACCCCUCCAACUAUCCUGAGGAAAGCCAAACAGCGCAAGCGAGUGAGAACAAGCUCCUCUUCCUUUGAUGUCUCCAUGGAUACAUCUUUAAGCUCCACCCUAAAUACGCCCAAUACCUCUCGGUAUAUAAUAGGGGAGAAUAAGACCCCCCAGGGUACCCCAAUCAAGACCCUACCAUUCUCCCCCUCCCAGUUCCUGAAUGUGAGCACCCCGGCAACAUGCUCCUCCUCUUUACUCCUGACCUCCACUCCUAUUGGUGGAAAUCAUUCUCAAGCCACACCCACAAUGCUCUCAACACCAGUUGGGUAAGAUAUACUUCUUGGCCGUAUUCUUAACUCGGGUUUAAAUUAAACCCUGGUUUGAAGUUGUGGUUGAAUUAUGGAGAGCCAAUUUGGGUACAAAUCCCUGAUUGUACACAUCCAAUUAAUUAUCUCAUAUGAUGCCCAAAUUGUCUGGGAAUGGUAUCUGAAGUAUUUUUCUUCAUUAUGAAAGCAAAAGGAAACAAAUAGUUAACAUAAGAAAUAUACAAUAUAAACAUAAUUUUUUAAUUUUUGGCUCCCCAUAAUUUUAACACAGAGUUAGACAGUUAGACUGUGGUCUAAAUCAAACCCGACUUCAGAAUAUGGGGCAAUGUGUUUCUCCCAUUUUAUUCUUGUUUUGGUAAAUAAAAUGAGAAAGGAACUAAAUCAGUCUCUCUUAGUUUCAUCAUCAUUAUCAUCAUCAUCACUAUUUACCUUAAUUAUCAUCACCAUCAUUACUAUAACCUUAUUCACUAUCAUAAUAAUCAUUAUCUUUAUAAUAGCCACUAUAACCUAAUUCGUCAUCAUCAUCAUUUAUUUUUUUAAGAAAUGCCUAAUCAGAAUCCUCAUUUUGUUGUAUAUUUUGGCGUUAAAAUAGCCUUAACCCAUAUUAAACUGGGGGGGGGGGUAAAUUUGACCCCCCCCUCAACAAAUUUUGUCACUACGCCGUCGCACGAAUUUUUUUGACUGCGCCGCUCUCUGACUUUUUACUUUCAAGUCUUGCGCAUCUUUUGAGACCAAAUUUGCGACGCCCGGGUACGCGGUUCCAAAAGUACGCAACGUUUUGUAAGUGCAUGUCGGACCAGAAAUUGCUCAAAAACGUGAUUCUGUGUAAAAAGUCAAUGCAAAUUGUGUUUUUCAACCAAAAAUCAUAAAUGUAUGAUUAUUUUUAGUUUUGUUGGUUUAAAUGGAUUUAUUUUAUGCUAUUUAUGAUCGCAAAAGGGUUCUAGACAAAGUUCAUCGGG